GUGCGGGCGGGCUGCCUGCCCGCCGGCCUCCCCGUCACCCCGGCAGGGCCGGGCGGCCGCCUGCCUGCCUGCCUGCCUCCCUCCGCUGGGUGCCGGGGCCCUCGGCGCGGGGCCGGCCGAGCCCGAGCUGGAUCCGCGGAGCAGCAGCAGCCGUGGCCAGGUCCCAUGAUGACAGCUCUCUUGAGAGGCAGCCAGUUUCUGCAGAAAACUUGUUUCAGCACCGCAGAUACUUGAAGUCUGGAAAGAAAAAAGAUUUCCUGAUGAUUAGCAAAGUUCAUUUAUGAGAUUGGAAAUAACUGCGAUAUCAAGCAUCCGUCUGGAUGCAGAGGUCUUUUCACAGCGGAUAUUCAGCAUUGGUAAACAGAUUUGCGGAUUUGCAUGGGGUAAAAAUGGAGGCAGAAAUAAACUUCUGAAAUUGAAUCUCAGUCCAGAAAUGAUGGCUUCCCAGCUGUAUACACAUGCUUUCAAUAUCUCCCCAAUAGAAACUAGGAGACUGUGUAUAAAUGGAACACCAUGGAUUUGGCAUCUUCUGGAAGAAUGUGUUGAGAAUGCGUGGGAGUACUGGAGCGUUGUCAUAGGACUGAUUUCCAUUGUCUGUUUUCUGUUUGCUGCACUACCUCAAAUUUACGUUGCCUGUCAGAAUGGAAAAGUGGAUCAAGCGCUGUCUUUGGGCUUUCUGCUGUGUUGGAUAGCUGGAGAUCUUACAAAUUUUAUAGGCUGCUAUUUAACAAAUCAACUCCCAAUUCAGACCAUCACUGCCAUCUCUUAUGUUAAUAUGGAUAUAAUUAUGAUUUCACAAUAUGUAUACUAUAAGCUCAAGAAUCAGAAGAUGACAAAAUGCAGCAAAAACCUGAAGAAUUUCUGCGUAACGUGGAUCUUGCUGUGUAUAGCCCUGUGUAUCGUCCUACUCUGUCAGCUGCUAAUAAGAAACCAAGACCAGAGUUCAGUACUAGAAAGAAGUAACACUUCUCUUGAUAUGAUUGAAAUGUCAGGCUUCAUUUGUGGCUAUGUAUCUUGUGUGUUUUACUUGGGAAGUAGAUUUCCUCAGCUUUAUAAAAAUUUUCGGAGAAGAUCAACGGAAGGCACCUCUUACCUGCUGUUUGCAUUAGCCAUGCUGGGAAACUGUACGUAUGGACUGAGCCUUGUUUUAAAGAUGCCUGCUACCAAAUCUUUCCAAGCUCUCUACUUUUUACACCAUCUUCCGUGGCUCAUUGGGAGCUUUGGAGUUUUGUUUCUAGACAUUCUUGUGACUGUGCAGUUUGUUCUGUAUCGUCAGCACGAGGAAAGGCAGCCUGGCGUGGUGGCGCUGGAAGUGGAACCGCUGCUCCUGGGCGAGGAGACCGCCUAGUGCGGUGUCGUGGUAGGCUCCUGCCUCCCGUGCACUUUUGCUCUUGGAUGACCUCAACAAACAGUUGAGAUUGCAGUUGCUUAGGGACCACAUUUAUUACUUUUUUAUUUAUUUUGUCAUUAAUUUGUCAUUACUUAUUUGCAAAUGAUAUGAAAAUAAAUAUUUAAUACUGUAUUUCAGGAUGAUAUCAAGUCUUUUUUCCUGAUUUUUUUUUUUCCCCACUUUUUAGGCUGUUUCUCCCUAUCCUGAUAGGAAAUCACAGCAGUGACUGCUUUAGAAGUAUUUAUUUGAUGUCGUGAUACAAUGCAUAUCACGAGAUGACUAUUUUUAGAUGAAAAUCUACAUCUAGAUAACAGUAAUGUGGCUGUUUAAAAAAAAUGCAGGAUCCAUUGGUGUGCUUUUACGUCAAUCUUUUAAGCUGGUGGGAUCCUCAUGUACAGCUUGUUGCAAAGUAUUACUAUGCAUUUUAUUGUCAAGUUAAUUAAAACAUUUAUACGUCAAUACCUGUGUGUUCCAUGGAAUAUAAUUACUGUGUGCCAUCAUACACUGUAUGGAAAGGGGUUUUUUAUGACUUGCAUUUCUUUACAAGCUGCUGCUCUAGGUAAGUACUGGAGGGGGGUAUGCUAAGGAGACUGUACCUUGCAAUUAUCUAUGGUGUGUUAGGUAUUUUUAUUCAAAACUGUUCUGUUUGAAGAAAACUUUAAUAAGAUCUCAGAAUAAAAUUCUAGUUAAUAUUUCAUUGUAUAUGCGUAUAAUGAUUCACUUCAAUAAAUAACUUUGCGAACAAAA